AUGAAUUCCAAAGACUCUAAAACUUUGGCAAAUUUAAAAAACAUGGUUGGAUCGAGGAUAUGUGCGAUUGUGGAAAAAGCAAAAGCUGAAAAUUUGACCGUAGACGAAUCGACGAACGCCUCUGAUAUUGCUCAAGCUUCAACAAGCCGUGCUCAAAAUUGCAAUUAUUUGUCUAAUUUAACUGAAGAAUGUGUUAGCGAUGAUGAUAGCAUAAAAGACCCCGAUUACACGGACGAUGAUGGAGAAAAUAUGGACAGCAGCGUUCUCGCCGAAGCUGUCCGCACUUUCAUUUCGGAUCAGAAUCCUGGACCAUAUGACUUUUCCUUGAAUAUCGACCAGGCAAACAGAGUAAACCAGAAUCUGCUAGGAUUUAAGCCACUUGGCAUCCGCAGACCAGAAGCUAAAAAUUUAGCUUUCUCAUCAAGUAUUACAGCUGUAGAUUUUCCAUGCUAUCCUGCUAAUACCGCUUUGAACUUUGAGUUUCUUAACGCAGUUUCAAAUGUUCUUAGUACAUCCAAGACUUUCAAAGUCUCCGACGUUAUAUUUACCACAUUAGCUGAGCCUGGAGCCCAGUCGCAAGAAGGCGUACCGAAUCAAUGGAUCGCCAACCGCAAUGCACGAAGAAACCUGCCCAUUCAAUACCUGCAGGAGGUCUUCCAGGCCAUCUCCUUAGAUGCUGCCACCUACUAUUAUAACCCAACUUACUAUGAUGCCGAAAAGUCCUGCAAAAAAACUUAUGUCACAAGUCGAACUAAUAGACUAAAUCACCAUAAUGAAAUUACUUAUAACCCACAAGACUUUCCAGAACUCCCAAGUACCAGUUAUAACCAACAAAGCAAAAGAGACAUCAUUACUUCGUCACAAAGAAGAAACGCAGAUUUUAACCUCAGAACAAAGAGAACAUAA